GAUUUUGGGUAUUACUCUCAGCCCGCAAGUCCUGCAUCUGUUAAAGGUAUUUCGUCUCCUUCUGAAAGGUUUAAAUCCGUGCAUUGCUUUACUGGAAGGAAAAAAGUAAAGGAUGAUCCUGAGGCUAAAGAAUGUUCUCCCAGCCAUAAACGAGGUACCAUCUUUACACCAAAUCCUUGGGUUUCUCACCGUGUGACUCUUGUUGUUGAUGGAACUCGAUUUGUUGCAGAUCCAGCCAUUUUCAUUGCAUAUCCAGACACCUUACUUGGAAGAAUGUUUGGCCUAGGAAGGGAAUACAACUUCACACAACCAAAUAACAGAGGAGAGUUUGAAAUUGCAGAGGGAAUUAGUUCUACUGUCUUUCGUGCUAUACUGGAAUAUUACAAAACUCAGGUAAUUCAUUGCCCAGAUGGAGUUUCUGUUCCAGAACUGAGAGAAGCCUGUGACUACUUCUGCAUUGACUUUGAUUACAGCACUAUCCGAUGUCGAGAUCUGAGUGCAUUUUUGCAUGAAUUGUCGAACGUCGGAGCCCACAAACUAUUUGAAGAGAUCCUUGAGGAACUAAUCCUUCCUGUAAUGGUUGCCAAUGCUCAGAAUGGUGAAAGAGAAUGCCAUAUUGUGGUCCUAACAGGUGAUGAUGUGGUGGAUUGGGAUGAGGAGUACCCUCCUUCAGUAGGAGAAGAAUAUUCACAAAGUAAGUACAAAUCGGAUUUCAUUGGUGGUUUGGUUUGUGGAGUUGCAAGCAUUUGA